AAACAUUUUCUUAUAUGACAAUAUAGUUACCAUGAGUCAAGCCGGAAGCAGAGAGGCCAUGGCGGACGAAGGUGAGCAGGGGGUUAAGCGGAGGAGGGUGGGGUUAUGGGGAAAUGCUUUCAAGAGAAAGCACAGCUUCGUACAGUUGUUUCUGAUGACAGGCGUAAUGAUGCUGAGCAUGCGGUCUCUCGGCCAGAAAUACCGCAUUCACGACCUCCUGGAGGACACAGAGGCUCUAAGAGAGGAGCACCACCAUCUCUCUCAGAGGAUGGCCUCCAUCGAGAACGCCUUGACUGAUGAGGCCGCCCUAGAACCCACUGGCUCCUUCGCUUCCACCCUCAAGCUUCUUUUCCAGGGCUAUCCUCCUCCUUCCUCCGAAUAGGUAUAGCUUGUCUCUCUCUCACUCAUAGAAGAUGCCGCUUCAUUUAAAAAACUGGUCAUUUCUGUGGAAUCUUUAUUGCUGAUUUCAAGAAAUGGGUAAGCUUUCUCAUGGAAGAUUGAGUGAUGGGAUCAAAUUUUGAGUAGUUUGUUGUUUGUCGUGAGCCAUCUUGUACUGUUGUGUUAUUCACAUAUUGAAUGAAAGGAAUAGAAGCAGUCGGUGUUUAUUUUAUUAUGUAAGCACUGGACUUGAACACUUUGUGUUUAGCUAUUGUGAAUUUCUGCAUCUCUGAUUCAUAAUCAAUGUGUUGCUGAUCGUUUGUGACUGUGAGCUUUUAUUGUGGUUUUAUGGAUUCAAUCAAGUGUUUGCGUUU